UCACUUGAAGCAGUUUCUGGAAUCACCGGCAACGGCUGAGCCUGCCCACUGCCAAGAUGAUCCUGACACUGCUGCUCAGCCUCGGGGGGCCCCUGGGCUGGGGGCUGCUGGGGGCCUCGGCCCAGGCCCCUGGUCCCAAGUUCUCUGACCCACACAGCCCCGGGCUGCCUGGGGUCUGGAUGUCAGAGGCUGAGGACAUCGGCAGCGACCGACGUAACUGGUGCCCCUAUCAGAAGUCCAGGCUGGUCACCUUCGUAGCUGCUUGCAAAACGGAGAAAUUCCUCAUUCACUCACAGCAGCCAUGCCUGCAGGGAGCUUCGGACUGCCAGAGAGUCAAAGUCAUGUACCGCAUAGCCCACAAGCCGGUGUACCAGGUCAAACAGAAGGUGCUGGCCUCCGUGGUCUGGAGGUGCUGCCCGGGCUUUGCUGGCUCUGACUGCCAGCACCAUGAUCCCACUGCGACCCCUGAGCCCACAGAUCCGGGUGACAACCUCCAGGAGCACUGGGCCGGGCCGGCUGACGUGGAACCUGCUGCAGAGACCAGCGACAUCAGGGUGCGGCAGGAACGCCUGCUGAGAGGUCUCCAGAAUGACAUCCACCACCCGGCUGACAGCCUCCCGGGCCCGGGGACGGCCCCAGCAAGCAACCUCACAGCUGCAGUGACUGAGGCACAUGAGGAGGCGCUUGAGUUUCCCGGCAAGUCCUUGGAGCAGGUGCUGCCUUUCAGCCCCGUUUGGAGCGGCUUUAACCAGAGCCUGCACAGCCUCUUGGAGGCCGUCAGAAACCUCUCUCUUGAUGUGGAGGCCAACCGACAGGCCAUCGCCAUGGUCCGGGACAGCGCCGUGCCCAGGGCUGACUUCCAGGAGCUUGGAGCCAAGUUCGAGACCAAGGUCCAGGAGAACAGCCAGAGAGUGGGCCAGCUGCAGCAGGACGUGGAGGACCGCCUGCACGCCCAGCACCUCUCCCUGCAGCAUUCGCUUUCCGAGGUCCAGGCGGACGUGGACACCAAGUUGAAGAGGCUCCUUAAGGCCCAGGAGCACCUGUCCAAUAGCAGCCUGGCGGCAGCCGCGGCAGGAGCAGGAGCCCGGCCGGAGCCAGAGAGCCUGCAGGCCCGGCUGAGCCAGCUGCAGAGGAACGUCUCGGCGCUGCACCUGGCCGCCAGCUACAGGGAAGAGGCGCUGCAGGGCACCCUGGCGGACAUGCAGGCGACCCUCGACCGGCACGUGGAAGAGAUCAAGGAGUUGUAUUCCGAAUCGGACGAGACCUUCGAUCAGAUCAGCGCGGUGGAGCAGCAGAUGGAGAAGCUGCAGGGAACCCAGCAGGAGCUGCGGGAGCUGCGCGUGGCCCUGAUGGAGAAGUCGCUCAUCGUGGAGGAGAACAAGGUGGACACGGACCGGCAGCUCCUGGAGCUCAACCUCACCCUCCAGCACCUGCAGGGCGGCCUCGCCGACCUCAUCAAGUACGUCACCGACUGCAACUGCCAGAAGCCCCCCGGGGGCCCAGACGGUACCCAGGAGGGCCCCGGGAGCACCGCGCGCGCCCCGGAGGGCGCCCACGGGAGCCUGGACCUGCGGCGCCCGGGGGACGGCUCCUCUCUGCGGGCCCUGGAGCACGCGGUGGCGGCCGUGUCGCGGGGGCAUGGAGGAACAGCGGGCGGAGGCCCACUCUGUGGCACUCACCCUGCUGAGGCCGGAUCAUGCUUCUUCAAGUGCAAGAACUCCGGAGACCAGGAGCUGCGGGACAGCUCCCAGCCCUGGACCGAGUCCUCUGGAGCACUUCCCAUCCAAGGGCGUGAGUCACUGAGCACUGUCCUCCUGCCCCCAGGCUCCCCCGUGGCCUUCUAUGCCGGCUUUGCAGGAGGGAUGGCUGCCCCGCAGACAGUGAAGUUCGACACUGCUCACAUCAACGUUGGCAGCAGCUACUUCGCUGAAGAUGGCUACUUCCGAGCCCCUGAGCGCGGGGUCUACCUGUUUGCAGUGAGCAUUGAAUUUGGCCCAGGGCCAGGCGCUGGGCAGCUGGUAUUUGGAGGUCACCAUCAGACCCCCAUCGGCACCGCUGAGGAGCAGAGGGGUGGAGGCAUGGCCACUGCCUUCGCUAUGGCCGAGCUGCAGAAGGGUGAGAGAGUGUGGGUCGAGUUAACCCAGGGCUCAGUGCGGAAGAGAAGCCCCCCAGGCACCGCAUUCGGGGGUUUCCUGCUGUUCAAGACCUGAGCCUCGGGCACAGCCGACCGUGCGCCGGGACUUGCCCGGCUCUCCUUGCCCUGGGCUCUGACCAGGUGGCCGGGAGACCAUCCAGGUUGGUCUAGCUCUUCCCUGGAAACCCGCAAAGACAAUGGCCUCCCUCUGGAUGCUGCCCCCUGGGCCGGCCGGGCUGGGCGGGAAGCUGGGCCUGGUGGGCCUUCCAUCCGAGGCGGCGUGGCUGGACUCCAGCUCUUGGCCGCCCGUCUUCUCCAGUGCCUGCUGUUUUGCUCCUUGUGGUUGAAAACCUCUGUACAACACUAACCUUUCUCCGGCUUCCUCGUGUCCCUAGUCCCUGCUAGAAAAGCAUUCUUUCCCAGAGAGAAUUUGGGAACUAGAAUAGAGGUGGCAUUUUGUACAAUCCGGGAAACCAGGCUCCAGUCACUGCCGGCAGGAGAAGACCAGCCGGUUAGGUCUGUCAGUCAGAAAUGAAAACUGGUCGAGUUUAGGCGAAGGAAACACAAUUAGUAUCUUUUCCGUAGUCUCAGUCCUUCCUCGAAUGUACCUGUAACUUUAACUUCACCCCCUUUUCUCCUUGCCGCACACGGGACAAAGGCCACGUGCGAACUGCGAGCUAAAAUGUGUGUAGCUUUCACCCUUUCACGCUCUCCCACGCCUGACCACCCUCAUUCUGAUUAGCAUCUCUAUCAGGAAGGGAGCUGAGGGAAGACGACUAAAAGUCUCCCUCAAUUUCAUCAUCUUUGGAAUCAAGCAGCAAGCUCUGCCCGGUGAACUGAUGGCAGGAAGGAUGUGACGAGGGGUGGAAAUGUGGGGCAAAAUAAAACUGUUUGCGAUAA